AUGGGUCAAAUUUACAGUAAUCCAAUGCAAGUAUUAGCAGAAGCUCAGCCUGGAGAUAUAAUUCAAUUUGAGAGAGGAUGGAAUCAAUCCCAUUGUGGAAUCUAUGCUGGAAAUGGCAAAGUUAUUCAUCCGUCGGUCGAAGAUUGUGAUCGUCGACAACGUGGUCCUCCUCGAGUAAUUGAAAGCAACUUUUCCGAUUUACUUCAAGAUCGUAAAGCAAAAAUUAAUAAUCAUUUCGAUCAAAAGACGAAACCUUUACCAAGUGAUGAAAUUCUUAAACGUACUCGUGGCUAUAAUUUCGGAAAGUAUUAUUGGAAUUCUACAAGUAACCAUUUUGCAGCUGAAUGUUAG